CUUCAAUUCAAAUUACGUCACGUACGCUCGCUGAUGGGACAUCAUCGGUGCAUAUUGGAAGUGGGGUAGCUUCAUGACUUUACCCGAUUGAACCCGCCGAGCAUAUUAAUUAGAUGGAGUUUUAUAAUCCACAUUUUCCCUGCCACCCGGGAUAGUGGUAGCGGGCGACAAUUGGCCACAGGUAGUGCUCAUUUCACUAUUCGAAUGCAAAGCGAUAAGUUGCGACGGUGUGCAGUUUGCUUUAGCAACGGCUUCAUCGCUAUGAAAUCGAUUGUGUGUUGGAUUGUGCUGUUGGCCGUGGUGCAACAGGUGUACAGUUUCUACAACCCUUACGAUUACAAUUUGAACCUGCAGAAGUUUGAAUAUUUCAAAUAUCCUCCGCAUGGGAAGAGGCUUCCACAACGUGACGCGUCCGUCGCACAGAAAGCGAUUGCGGUGGUGACCUAUUUUCACAACCUGCUAGCCGGACAUCCGGUGCAGGAGCAACGAUAUUACAUACCGUUCGAUCCUAAUCGGGCGAUGCAGCUGCGCGGUGCUUAUCAGCGGCAGUUUGGAUAUCGUGGUGAAAAUUUGAUCGCCCUGAUCGGCAACGGGUAUUCGCCGCAGGCUUUACGGCAUUAUGGGGCGAUUGGGAAGGAUUUCGGAAAAUACUAAAAUGCAUCGCUAGUGCUUUAGAUAAGUGUUUGAUAGCUAUUUAUUGUACAGUAGUGCAACGGAGAGUAAAACGCAAAGGAAUAUAAUGAGUUGAUUGCAAAACUUGUUCAACGCAGCUCGCCACUGCCACUAUCCGAAUCUGUCCUACAGUUUCGAAAACAAUCUGUUAUACAUUAUCAUGUACUGCAAUAAAUUGAAAAGUUGACUAUUAAUCAAACUUAUUGCUCUAAUUUUUCGAUUGUAGUUAAUGCUGAAUGCGUUUCAUAAAUGUUUAGCAUAAUUAUAUUAAAAUGAAAUAAAAAAAACACAAAAUCGAUUAAAUUUUUCGAACAUUACAA